UUUUAUUUUUGUUGUAAAAUAAAAAACUACGUACUCAGUUUAGCUCGUUUCACGACCAAUUUUUAAUUACUCAUUGUUAUUUACGUGUAAAAUAAUUAACAAGCUACCGUCAUCUACGUGAACGGUUCAUAUUUACUUAAAUCAUCAUGAUCGCUUUCUAAAAUCGAAAAUCAUGCCGAGUGGUGUUAUUCAAAUGCUUGGUUUAGCUGUUGUUACAGCCAUCACAGUUGGUGCUUUGACCGUCUAUUAUGCCUUGAACGGUGGAGAACAAUUACACGUCGUGAAUGCAGAUCCUCGUCGGCGGAAUAGGCGAGGAGAUGGAGCGCUUCAGCCUGUAAUUCAAGAAAGGCCAAAUCAAGUCGAUGUUCAGCCAGACAGAGGCAAUGAAAACCGAUGCCGAAUUUGUUUUCGUAAUAUUCAAAACACCGAGUACGAUUUGACAAUUUUGCCAUGCACUCACAGGUUUCAUUGUAGAUGCAUUAGUGACCAUUUAAGUUCAACAGCUGAAGGUCAAGCGCUGCAGAGUGCUUGCCCAGUAUGUCAAGCUCCGUAUUCGAUCGACGAUAUAGAAUAGGAUCUCGAUAAUUCAGAAGUACUUUUCAUUCUAAAACGUUGUCCGAACAUUCCUAACGAAUUAGUGGGUCGCCUAAUUAUGUACAGUUUACGGUUAUUUUGUUCCCAGACACAUCGUCAUUAUUGUUAUACCUACUAGCGAUAUACCUGCUGGAUUAUAUGUAUGAUAGAAAUUAUAAUGACUGUGUAUAUUUUUAGUCGCUAAUAUUUUUUUUACGAGUGAAUUUUUAUCAUUUUAUUGUUUUAUGUAGAUAAAUAAAAUAAUGGAAGAAAGUUCAA